UGGGGGGUUUCUGUAACUGAAGAUGCAGUUAAAGAGGCCUUUUUUCCCUUUGCAAAAUGUCUACCUAGCCUAACACUUUGACCUGGAGAGGAGGAGUUGGUGGUGGUAGAUAGAUGGCACAUUGGCAGUGAUGGCUGUGUACAGUUGCAAGGCUUCUUGGAUUUUAGUGUGGCUUCUCUGCUCUCUGAAUCCACCAUUCUGCUCGCCUGCAUCAUUGGGAGCUCUCUCUCCUUCCCUUCUUUUCUCUCUUAAACUCUCCUCAAAGUUUUGAGCAAGCUGGGAAUAAUUGUUUCUUGAUUGGUUCCAGAAGGUGUUCUUUUGAAGAACAGAGAUGGAGAUACUGGAGAAGAAAGGGCGUAAAUCCUUGCCCAAAGCAAUGAAGCCCUCCAAUACCACAGCAAAGCACAAUCGUUCAAAGAGUGAUUUGGAGGAUAAGAAUGCUAAAGAUGCGUUGUGUUCUUCACUGAAAGCAUGCAAUCAACCUAAGCUGCCUGGUAGAAACUCAAACCCUCAUCUGAAGAGUGAAACCAAGAAGGGAAUUCAGCCAUCCAGGAGUGAGGCACAAAACUCCUUGAGAAAAGAGAUUCUGCAGCUGGAGAGUCACCUCAAGGAUCAGCAGGUGGUGCGCGGCGCACUGGAGAAAGCACUGGGCCCUGAUCCUGAUCAUCCUGCUCCUGUCAAUCUCUCGCUCGAGAGCCCAAUGCUAAAGGUUCAACCUGCGAACGAGCUGAUUAGGGAGGUCGCGACAUUGGAGCUAGAGAUCAAGCACCUGGAGCAGUAUCUCCUGACACUGUACAGGAAAGCAUUUGAUCAGCAGCAGCAGCAAGCAGCGACAGUGGCGUGUUCAGAUGCGGCGAGGCUGUCGGUGAGCUCGCGGUGCUCGCAGCUUCUGGAGGAGACGCCCAAGGCGAAGGCGGCGGCGGCGGCGGCUCCAGGCAGGAGAGGCGGCGACGCGAUCCAUUACAGCUGCCCGCCGGCGCCGGUGAGCAAGAGGUGGAAUAAUGGCGGCGGCGCGGCGGACGACUGCUCGCCGUCGACGUGCCCGAGGAAGACGACGGAUUCGUCCGACCAGUACAGUGGCCUCCGCAGCCAGUCCGCGCUCUCGUUCCGGGGAGUGUGUUCGUCCAGGAUCUCGCCGUCCGAGGACAGCCUCGCGAGGGCUCUUCGCUCCUGCCACUCUCAGCCUUUCUCAUUCUUGGAGGAAGGAGAAGCAGCACCAUCAGGAGUGGUAAGCUUAGCUGACUAUCUGGGGACAAAUGUAGCUGAUCAUAUCCCUGAAACUCCAAACAACCUCUCUGAGGAGAUGGUCAGGUGCAUGGCAGGGGUGUACUGCAAGCUUGCUGAUCCUCCUCUGGUGCACCACCGCGCAUCGUCGUCUCCGGCAUCAUCAUUCUCCUCAACCAGUGUGGUUUCCCCACAGUAUCUUGGGGACAUGUGGAGCCCCAAUUGCAGGAAAGAAGCAACUCUCGACUCCCGGUUGAUCAACCCGUUUCGCGUCGAGGGGCAGAAAGAGUUCAGUGGACCGUACAACACCAUGGUUGAAGUUCCAUCGAUUUCCCGUGAUCGUCGAAGAUUAAGAGAAGUAGAAGAUUUGCUCCAAACUUACAAGUUAAUUUUGUAUCGGUUGGAGACCAUUGAUCUGAGAAGAAUGACAAAUGAUGAAAAGAUUGCUUUCUGGAUCAACAUACACAACGCAUUGUUGAUGCAUGCAUAUCUCAAGUAUGGCAUCCCACAGAACCAUCUGAAGAAGACAUCACUUCUUGUCAAGGCUGAAUGCAAGAUUGCCGGGAGAACCAUCAAUGCAGCAGUCAUCCAGGGGUUGGUUCUUGGAUGUAGCACUCACUGUCCAGGACAGUGGCUGAGGACUUUGCUUCACCCAAGGAUCAAAAGCAAAGCGAGCAAAGCAGGAGGGGAAUGGCAAGCCUUUGCCAUCCAUCAAUCGGAGCCUCUUUUGCGCUUUGCGCUUUGUUCAGGAAGCCAUUCCGAUCCCGCGGUGAGGGUGCUGAGCCCGAAGCGGCUGUCGCAGCAGCUGGAGGCGGCGAGGGAGGAGUACAUCCGGGCGACGGUCGGGGUGAGGAAGGAGCAGCGGGUGACGCUGCCGAAGCUGGUGGAGUCGUACGCCAGGGACGCGAGGCUGUCGCCGGAGAGGCUCGUCGACGCCGUGCAGAGGUGCCUGCCGGAGAGCCUGAGGGCGGCGGUGCAGCGGUGCCGCCAGAGCAGGCCGGCGAGCAAGGUCGUCGAGUGGGCCCCCUACCGCCACAGCUUCCGCUACCUGCUCGCCAGGGACCUCGCCUUCCCCCACCUCACCUAGCUCACCGAUCUUGGCGUCCGCCAUGAAUGGCUUGGCUUGAGCUGUGUCAAGCUGAGUCUGAGUGAGUGAGAUUAGAAGAAGAUGAUUAGUUCAUGUGUUGAUAGAUUUGGUUCUAGGAUGUUACACCUAAUUAUCUAGGAUUGUGUUUGUGUGUGUGGGGGGGGGGGGGGAGAGAGAUUAAUUGAGCUGUGCAGAGUGUGAUCUGUGCGCUUGUAAAGAUAAAAUUCUUUUUUAUUUUUGUAGAUACAGAGAGGAAAAAAAAUAGAGGAAAGUUGAGACCAAGUGUCAGUUCAGUUCAGUUCAGUUCAAAUCUUUAAUCUGAAACUGAAAGAGAAACAUAAGUAUCGUUUAGUUCAGUUCCAGUUCCAGACACAGUUCAGAAAUUCAGAUUUGAAUAUGCAAA